UAGCAGGAUUACAGGCAGCUACCGUUUCUGGCGUCGAGCUAUCGAAACUAAUAUGGAAUCACAGUUUCGAUACCGAUUUUGGUUACUACAACAUCAACUCCAAUGGAGAUUUUGAUAGCGCAAUGGGCGUGAGAGGCUUGGUUGAGGGUGGCGACAACAUGGAAAUAAUUUACCAGUACGACAAAAAGUCUGGUCACCUCGUUGCCAUUAACGGAACCAGAUGGCCACUGAAUGGCAGUGCGCCGCUGAACCGCCCAGCAUGCGGAUUUCGAGGGGAAAAUCCCAAGUGCCACCAACGUGGUUUGACUCCAGAGUCAUCCAUUACGACAAUUGCUGCCUCAACCACGGCUGUGGCGCUUAUAGCUGCUGUAAUUUUUAUUGGAAUGUGCUUCAUCCGAAGACAUCAACAAAGUCGCAGUGUCAACUGGCUGAUACCAGCCAAUCAAGUGCAAAGGUAUUUUCCGUCGUUCGGAACGUACGAGACCACCGGAUCUUCGCAUUCUCUGCAUUCUCGGCACACAAAAACCGGCACCCUGGCAUACCGGAACGUGUAUGUCUACGGAUCGCAGCUGGUAUGGUGCCGCUCCGGUCAGCUCAACCACGGCACGACGCAUUUGAGCGGCAAACUGAUCAAGCGAAUUAACAUGAGGAGCGCUCUAAAGCACAACAACAUUGUUGACCUGGUGGGAGUAGCCUUGGAAAAAGACAAGAUUAUGAUCUUCUCCCAGUACUGCCCAAAGGGAUCAUUGUACGAGAUCAUCGAGGAGAAACCAUCGUGGUUGUCUUGGGAUCUUAAGACCGCCAUGCUGGCUGACAUCAUCAAUGGGCUUGCGUUUAUCCAUUCCUCCGAUUUAAAAUUUCAUGGCGCUUUAAAAAGCCCAAACUGUAUGGUAACCAAUCAGCUGGUGGUUAAGCUAACGGAUUUCGGCUGGCCUAAAGAGAUGACUAUUAUCGGCCAGACUGUUCUUAAUAAACAAAACUAUUCGCGACUUCUCUGGACAGCACCGGAAAUCCUCCGAAAUUCUGGCGCCUAUCCGACGAGAGAAGCCGACAUCUACGCACUAGGAAUCAUUAUGCACGAAGUUGUGUUUACGGUGCGUCCGUUCGGCAUCUUCACCGACGGCAUGGAUACUGAGGUCAUUCAGAUGGUGCACAACCAGUCGGCAUCACCGUACCGGCCGUUCGUUAAAACAUCCGAUCCGGUUAUUCCGAUUGAUCUCAUUUUCGCCAUGCAGCACUGUUGGGCGGAGGACCCACUGGAACGACCAAAGAUAGCUAAGGUUAAGCUGCGUUUAAUGCGUGUGCUACGCUUCAAGGAUAACUACAUGGAUCGAGUUAUGAGGAAGUUGAAGCAUUAUGCGGAGGAUUUGGAAAGGCAGGCUAUGGAGCGGACACAGGAACUAAGAGUGGAAAAAUGUCGGAAUGAGCAGCUGUUAAAAACCAUACUGCCUGCAACGAUUGCCGAUGCCCUAAUCCGCGGGUUCAGUGUGGAGGCAGAGAUUUUCGACAGUGCUACGGUAGCAUUUGUCCUCAUCUGCGAUUUCGCGGAAAUCAUCUUGCAGUCAUCACCGUGGGAGUAUGUGACCUUUCUCAAUGAGGUGUUUACGUUCUUCGACGAUUUGAUUGGUGAAUACGAUGCAUACAAAGUGGAAACUAUUAGCGGCACAUACAUGUUGGUCUCCGGCGUACCUGUGCGCAACGGCACCUUGCAUGCGGAAUACAUUGGACUGCUGUGUUCGCGGGCCAUGUUGUGCAGUGAAAAGCGCAUCUUCGCGUCCCACCAGCUGAAGUUGCAGAUUGGCUUGCAUUCCGGGUCGUUGGCUGCUGGAUUGGUUGGUUUGCGAAUGAAACGAUAUUGUCUGUUUGGCGAUACGGUUAACAUGGCAUCUCGGAUGGCCGAAACGUCUUCUCCACAACAUAUCCAAGCGAGCGAAUCUUCACGAAAUCUGCUGAAGGAUUCGUCCAAGCUAUUUUGCCUUUUGCGUGGUGAUGUGCCAGUAAAAGGGAAGGGGAUCGUAACAACGUUUUGGAUUAUUUGAAUGAACAGCAUAAGCUUUAGUCUGGGAUUAAAAUAAUGUUAAUGGUCAUCCAGAUUAAUUAACGGUGAUCAUCGGGAUAAAAAAAUGCCGGUGUUUAUAUGGCGCACACUAUCUCAAAGUUCUUCCUCAAUGGCACCUGAAAGUUAAAGACUGAAAAUAUUAAUUUAAUUUUGUUUUUUGCUGCUUUUUACUGGCACUUAUUAUGGUAUCUUCUAUUGGAUACUCACAUGCUUCUUUCCUAGUGUAACUGUGGAAAGGAAUGCGCUUUU